CUCGCGGGCGCGAGCGUGGAACACAAUUCCUGGACGGCUGGAUGGAAAGUUGGUCUGCGCGUUGCCCGCUGGCCGUGCCAUAGGAAUUUAAACGGGGAUAUAAGUAUAAGAACGCGGAGACGGGGAGUCGUUCGCGGUAGUGUGAAGCACAAACGCGCCAGCACCACACCCAGCGUGCCCACCGUUGCGACAACGAGGGACAACAACAGGAUCCCGGCCAUGCGUGUCGCGGUGAUCUUCUUGGCGUGCGUCGCCGCGGUCUGCACGGCACAGAUUCAGGAUGGGCCAAAAGGAGCACCGAUCCCGAUACGAGCGAAUCGUUAUCAAAGAUUACCCCCUCGACCAGGCGGUACCGGACCGGCGUUUCCCAAUCAACGAUUUCGUCGACCAAUCUCCUUCAAACCCCGGGGAGGCCCCGGAGACGACGCGUCCGGUACGUUCCGUCCUCUCCGGCCGGUAGCCACGCCUUCGUUCGCGCCACAUGUGAAACCGGUGAACGAGGAACCCGAGGAGGAGGAGAAUCUGUCGCGCGAUACCAUCCGCGAGGAUGAGGACUCGCGUGAGAGUCAGGAGAUCAGGAGCCAGGAUAGCGUGGAGGAUCUAAGUGAAGAGAUACCGCGAGCGGCGCCAAAUCCACCAAGAGCACCUCCAGCGGCCUCAGGACAGCUGGCGUAUCGUCCACCCCAAGUGACACCGACGAGUGUCAGGGUGAGUCCCACGACACCUCCACCGCCACCGCCCGUUCAAUACCGUCCGACACAUCCGCCACCGCCACCCAUUCAAUAUCGCCCGACGCAAAAGCCCACAAAGGCCCCGAGGAAACAGAUCAUCGAUGACAUCACGUUCCAGCAACCAAUCAAGCCGCCGCCCAAACCGGUGAAACCGUCUCAAGCUUACGAAAUUCGCGGCAAGAAGCCAGUAGCUCAGAUUAUCAGGCGAUACCGGCACGACAAUGCAGACGGUUCCAUCACGUGGGGUUUCGAGAACGAUGACGGAUCGUACAAGGAAGAGACGAUCGGCGUGGAUUGUAUAACGAGCGGUAAGUACGGAUACAUCGAUCCGGACGGUAUCCGACGUGAGUACACGUACGAGAUGGGAAUCAAGUGCGACGAGCAAGACCGGGAAGAGGAGGAAGAUGGCUUCGUGGAUUAUCAAGAAAACAAGCUGGUACUCCCGGACGGGAAGACCAUCGAUCUCUCGUCGAUGGGUAAGAAGCAGGCGCGCCGGCCUCAGUUCCAAUACAGAAAUUAAAGGAAUCGGGACUCGCAUUUCGCACAUUCGCCAUCACCCCUAUUGCAUUUAACGCGUAAUCGUAAUUCAUAACGUAAAAAAAUCAUGCGUUUCUUAGGAUAAACAACUAGAAUUAAAUAAAUAAAUUAAGAUAUCGAGAUAUUAGCGAUACAAAUCACGCAUAAUUCCAUGUAAGAUUAUUUAGUUGUAAAUUAGACUUGAUAAAUAAAAUAACAAAUUGAGAUAUUAUAAUAACAUUAUAAAUGAUCUUAUCUCCAAAAGUUACAUUGAACUCGAGAUAAUUCUCUAUAAUAUAGCUCGCUAAGCGAUAAGAAAUUCGUUUAAUCUAAAUCAAUAUUGAUCGUCAAUAUAUUGAUCAUACAAUAUUCAUUACGAUGAUAGAAAUACAUAAGUGACAGAAUUAUGUAAGUGAAACGACUUAAAAUCGUAAGGUAACCCUUAACGGAAAUAAAAAAAUCAUUCACAAAUAUCUAAUUCGCGUGAUCUUAUUUGUUCGUAAAAUAUUAACUUGGUGAAAUAUUCAUUCGUCUCACAUUGAUUGAAAAGGAAUCGAAAGCGAACCGAAUUCCAUAUCCAGGAAACAACAAUCAAUGUUUUAUUUCGUUGAAUACAUUUUUCGACGUUGAAACUUUAUUUCGUCGAUCAUUAUUAUGUAUAAUAAUAUCCACGUCAGAUCUUUAACUAGACAUUGAUACAAGUAUAUACCGUGUUGUGUACAUAUCGAUGUUGUACCUGUAUAGGUUCGAACUUGAAUAAAGGUAACAAAACUAA